ACAUUUUGGAAUAUCCCAUGAUUAUCUUAGUGCUAAUCUAUCUGUAAUCUGCAACCUAAAAAAAUGUGUUCUAUUUCUUUACUGCAGGAUUAGCAAAUUUGUGACCUGCACAAAUUGCACCAUGCUGCGGCUUCAAUCCAGGGCCACCCAGCUCAGGGCUGUUGCCAGCCAACUGCCAGUCUUUGGCACUCUCACCAAGUCCAACCCUGGCUACCGGCUACCCCAGGCGUUCCAGACAUGCCUCCGAUGCACGGAUGCGGCACAACUUCAACAGACAUCCCAAAAGGAGAUCAAGAAACUAAUGGUGGCAAACAGGGGGGAGAUUGCUAUUCGUGUGUUUCGAGCAUGUACAGAGAUGAACAUCAGGACAGUUGCCAUCUAUUCUGAACAGGACAUGAUGCAGAUGCACAGACAGAAAGCUGAUGAAUCAUACCUGAUAGGCAAGGGUCUGCCACCGGUCGCAGCUUAUCUCAACAUACCAGAAAUCAUAAAUAUCGCUAAAGAGAAUAACAUCGAUGCCAUUCACCCAGGUUAUGGGUUCUUGUCUGAGCGGUCAGACUUUGCCCAGGCGUGCCAGGAUGCAGAUAUCGCAUUUGUUGGCCCAUCGCCUGAAGUUGUGGCCCGGAUGGGAGACAAGGUUGAGGCCAGGAUAGCUGCUAUUGAAGCUGGUGUCCAGGUUGUGCCGGGAACGCCAGGCCCAGUCCAUGAGGCCUCUGAAGCUGUGGAUUUCUGUCAACAGUAUGGUCUUCCAGUUAUGUUGAAAGCGGCCUAUGGUGGCGGGGGGCGUGGAAUGAGGGUGGUGAGAGAAAUAGAAGAUGUGGAACAACAGUUUAAUCUGGCAUCUUCAGAGGCUUUAGCGGCUUUCGGCAAUGGUUCCAUGUUUAUUGAGAAGUUUAUCGAGCGCCCCAGACAUAUUGAGGUGCAGAUUCUUGGUGAUUCCAAGGGCAAUGUCAUCCAUCUGUACGAGCGUGAUUGCUCCGUUCAAAGACGUCACCAAAAACUUGUUGAGAUCGCACCUGCACCGAUGCUGCCUCCCGGCAUCCAGGAAAAGCUUACUGCAGAUGCUGUAAGACUGGCCAAACAUGUCGGUUACAAGAACGCUGGCACGGUUGAAUUCUUGUUGGACGAACAUGGCAAUUAUUACUUCAUCGAGGUGAAUGCGAGGUUGCAGGUGGAACACACGGUCACUGAGGAAGUCACAGGUGUUGAUCUGGUACAGGCACAGGUCCGUAUCGCCGAAGGUAAAACUUUGGAAGAGUUGCACUUGAAUCAAGAAGACGUUGGUCUGCAGGGGUGUGCCAUCCAAUGCCGUAUUACCACUGAGGAUCCAUCUCUCAAUUUCCAGCCAGAUACCGGCAGAAUUGAGGUGUUCCGUAGUGGAGAAGGCAUGGGUAUCCGUAUUGACAGUGCCUCGGCCUUCGCUGGUGCUAGUAUAUCACCAUAUUACGACUCUCUCCUCGUCAAGAUUAUCGCCCAUGCCCGGAAUCACAAGCACGCCUGCUCUAAAAUGUUGAGGGCAUUGAAAGAGUUCAGGAUUAGGGGAGUCAAGACCAAUGUGCCAUUCCUCCUCAAUGUUGUCGAACAUGACAAGAUUCGCUCCGGAAUCGUCGAUACGUACUUCAUAGACGAGAAUCCUCAACUAUUCAAAUUCGCCCCCAGCCUCAACCGAGGUCAGAAGCUGCUGAAGUAUUUGGGUGAGAUUAUGGUCAAUGGGCCGCUCACACCACUUGGAACUGACCUCAAGCCAUCAGAGGCUGUGCCCAAGUGCCCACCUGUACCAUUCAGUAAUCUUGUGCCAAAAGGAUUCAAGGAUGUAUUGAACAAGAACGGCCCUAAGGCGUUUGCCAAGGCUGUUCGUGACCACAAGGGCCUCCUGUUGAUGGAUACCACCUUCAGAGACGCACAUCAGUCCCUGCUUGCCACCCGCGUACGAACCAAAGAUCUCAUGACGAUAUCGCCCUUUGUUGCCAACAGUUUCAGAAAUUUGUACAGUGUGGAGAAUUGGGGAGGUGCUACAUUUGAUGUGGCCAUGCGAUUUUUACACGAGUGUCCAUGGGAACGUCUCCGGGACCUUAGACAAAAAAUACCCAACAUCCCCUUCCAGAUGUUACUCAGAGGCUCGAAUACAGUUGGCUACACCAACUACCCAGAUAAUGUUGUCUUCAAAUUCUGUGACCUUGCCGUGAAAUAUGGUAUGGACGUGUUCAGAAUCUUUGAUUGUCUCAACUAUAUUCCAAACAUCGUGAUCGGUAUGGAGGCAGCUGGACAGGCAGGUGGUGUUGUCGAGGCCUGCAUCUCCUACUCUGGCGACGUCUCUAACCCAAACCUGACGAAAUAUACCUUGGACUAUUACCUCGACCUGGCCACGGAGCUCGUCAAAGCGGGAACUCAUGUUCUUUGCAUUAAGGAUAUGGCAGGUGUAUUGAAACCCAGGGCAGCCACUAUGCUGAUCGGAGCAUUGCGCGAGAAGUUCCCCGAUAUCCCCAUCCAUGUCCACACGCACGAUACCGCCGGAGCUGGUGUCGCCGCCAUGUUGGCCGCGGCUGAAGCUGGAGCAGACGUCGUUGAUGUCGCUGUCGAUUCCAUGUCCGGUAUGACGUCGCAGCCAAGUAUGGGUGCUAUCGUUGCGGCACUGAAAGGCACUGAACUCGACACAGGUAUUGACCUCCAGCAUGUCUUUGACUACUCCGCUUACUGGGAGCAGACUCGCGGUCUCUACGCCCCGUUUGAAUGCACCGCCACCAUGAAGAGCGGUAACGCUGAUGUUUAUGAGAACGAGAUCCCAGGCGGCCAGUAUACAAACCUGCAGUUCCAGGCGUUCAGCUUGGGUCUUGCUGAACAGUUUCAAGAGGUGAAGAAGAUGUACUCUGUGGCCAACCAGCUGUUGGGAGAUUUAGUCAAGGUGACGCCAUCAUCAAAGAUCGUUGGUGACCUUGCCCAGUUCAUGGUCCAGAAUAAGCUAACUGCCAACAUGGUUGAAGACAGGGCUGAGGAGCUGUCUUUCCCCUUGUCUGUCAUUGAGUUCAUGCAGGGACAGCUUGGAGAACCCUAUGGGGGAUAUCCAGAACCACUGAGGACCAAGAUGUUAAAGGGUUUGAAACCCGUUAAAGGUCGCCCUGGUGCCUCCUUACCGCCAUUGGACUUCGAGAAAAUCCGCCAAAAACUGGAGGAGCAAUUUGGCCUCAUCGUGCAGGAGAAAGAUGUAAUGAGUGCUGCCAUCUAUCCCAAGGUUUUAGAGGAGUACCUCACUUUCAGACAGCAGUACGGUCCCGUGGAGAAAUUCCCCACCAGGCUGUUCCUGACUGGACCCAAGAUUGCGGAGGAAUUUGAGGUUGAGAUUGAGAAGGGCAAGAUCCUUCACAUCAAGGUCUUGGCUGUAGCAGAGAUGCUCAACUCCCAAGGCCAGAGGGAGGUGUUCUUUGAGCUGAAUGGACAGGUCAGGUCCGUCUUCAUCAACGACAAGGAAGCUAUGAAGGAGAUGCACUUUCACCCCAAGGCCUUGUUGGGCGUUAAGGGCUCCAUUGGUGCUCCGAUGCCUGGCUCCGUCGUCGCCAUCAAGGUGAAAGAGGGCGACACCGUCACGAAGGGCGAGGCGCUGUGUGUACUGAGUGCCAUGAAGAUGGAGAUGUUGGUGAAUGCCCCAACAGGCGGCGUGGUGUCAAAGAUUCAUAUAAACAAGGGGAUGAAAAUGGAGGGCGAUGAUUUACUGAUGGACAUUGAAACAACGGAGGCAGAAACGUAAUCAGUGAUCAGUCAUUGUUUACUUAAUUACAUCUUGAAAUUCUAAAUAUUUGUGAUUGUUAUCUCUAAAAGCAGCAGUGUCUAUACUGCUGCUCAUCGUGACCAGUUCUAAUGUUUUCAAAGGGGGAACUAUUCAUACAACCAAGAUAUAAAACAUUCAAUUGGCCCACCGUAAAUAUUGCAGCAAAUGGCCAACAAUCGGUCGAAAGUUAAAGAGGAUGAUGACGAUGAAAUAUUGUGAUUCAGUUUUGUUAAACAUCAAGCAAUAACAUCCGAGGAACAUCAAUAGGUUUAGAGAAUCUGUGUGCUAAAUAGCGAUUGAUUGUUGUUUAGUUUUAAUCAUGUUACAAUGAUAUGGUAAUUUGUGGACUGUUUGUUUUAGCUCCUUCCCUUUUCAUUAGGACUGAAGGUGGUUGCAAGUCCUAACUUAAGGUAGAAUAGAACUCAUUAUUGGUCAUAUUGAUUUUUGUGCAGCUGGUCAAUAACAGCUAAGCUGUGUCGUACAUAUAUAUCAAGCAAAAACCAAGAUGGUUGUGGUUUGUUGUUAGAAGCAAAAACCAAAAUACCUGAGGAUACCAGCUGAGAGACAUGGGAACCCAUGCUCUUGUAGUAAAUUAUUUCGUUUUCCAUGCACUUGUCAAGCUUUUAGAAUAUUCGUAAUAAUCUUUAGACAAGUACAUUGUAUUGUAUUGCAUUCCAACAAAUUAGAUUGUGUUUAUGUCAGAAUACUUAAUGGAUAUUAUAAUGCAUUUCACAUACACGUUAAUAGGUGUGCAGCUAAACCAUGUUAUUGUGUUUGUGAAUGUUGUAAUUUUUCCACUGCAGUAUCUUAAGUGUUGUGGCAAUGAUUUACCUCAGGGUAUAUUCAUAUCUGGUCCAGCAAGACCUGGUAAAACAUGAAUAAGAUUUAUAUGAUAGUCAGUCAUAUCAUGACUGUUGAGUGACGCAAACUUCAUAUGCAGAGCAUAUCAAUCACAGCUUUGUAAAAUCAAUAAUACAUGUAUCAAUGAUCACGAAAACAGUGAGAUACACAUACAUGUACAUGUACUUUUCGUUGUCAGGCUAAAUUCAGAUAUUUAGUCAUCAUAUAAUGUUAUAAUUUGUGUGCAAGGCCAUAGACUAGUUUGAUUAUUUGUUCAUGCAUAUUCAUCAUGCUUAUGCUAAUGCUAACAUGAUCUCAUCACAAAAGCACAUACACACAUAAUAGAGCAGGUGCUAACUCGAUAUUUAAGAAAGUUAUUCAGAUUAUCCAUUGCAAUAGAUUGUAACGUGAUAUUCCAUACUGCCAGUAAUUGUUUGCAAAAAGUAACCUGUACUUGUUUUCUAUUGUUUAUUGUGUGCUAUUCACAAAACCAGGAAUGAGAAAAGCUGGUGAAAUUCACAAAACCAGGAAUGAGAAAAGCUGGUGAAAUUCACAAAACCAAAGAUGAGAAAUAGUGCAUGAACAGCAAAUGUCAACCAUUUAUGGCCCUGAUGAGCUUGGAACUGUGGUUGAUCCAGCAUGCACUAUCGUUUAUUGCUGUGUCCUGUUGGUCAUGUAAGUGUUAUUAGAUGUGUAGUUGUACAGAGUCAUGAAUCAUAAAUAUAUGAACUAAG